AAGAGAAACGUGGCGGAAAUGUAUUUAUACUAAAACGUGAUGUAUUUUUAAAAGCAAAGAAUCGUGUUUUUAUACGACAACCACAAAACAAAUAUAAACAACCGCGUUCGAAUUUGACUUUUAUUCUGAAGCCGGAAACUGCAUUUGUUGACUGUCGUGACGCUGUUUUAGUUACGUCCGUACGUAUGAAAACUUUUGGCUGUUUUAUUAUUGAUUUAUUAUUUGUUUUUACGCCUCAAAUCGACAGAAGCAGUUAUGGACGAGGAAGAAAAGCUUCAGUGGUCGGAUAUAUUGAAAAGAAGGACAGAAAACAUCAAAAAAGAUGAAAAAGGCGAAAAGGAAGAACAGGACGAGACCACGUUGUUUACUAAAUAUUACACCGAAUGGAAAGGAGGCAAAGACAGAGACCGGUCGUACAAGAACAUCCCACGGUUCUACUACAGGCUGCCAGCAGAGGAUGAGGUGUUACUGCAGAAGCUGAGAGAAGAAUCCAGAGCUGUGUUUCUCCAGAGGAAGAGUCGAGAACUGCUGGACAACGAGGAACUGCAGAACCUGUGGUUCCUCCUGGACAAGCACCAAGUUCCUCCACUGAGUGGAGAUGAGGCCAUGAUCAGCUAUGAAGCCUACCUGCAGGUCGGGGAGAAGGCGGGGCCAAAAUGCAAAAAAUUCUUCACAGCCAGAGUCUUCGCCAAGCUGCUCAACAACGACCCCUAUGGCCGAAUCUCCAUCAUGCAGUUCUUCAACUACGUCAUGAGAAAAGUGUGGCUCCAUCAGACCAGGAUCGGUCUGAGUCUGUACGAUGUGGCAGGACAGGGCUACCUCAGAGAGUCUGACCUGGAGAACUACAUCCUGGAGCUCAUCCCCACGCUGCCUCAGCUGGACGGACUGGAGAAAUCCUUCUACUCCUUUUAUGUCUGCACGGCUGUUCGCAAGUUCUUCUUCUUCCUCGACCCGCUCCGAACAGGAAAGAUUAAAAUUCAGGACAUCCUGGCGUGUAGUUUCCUGGAUGAUUUGUUGGAGCUCAGAGAUGAGGAGUUGUCCAAGGAGAGUCAGGAGUCCAACUGGUUCUCAGCACCGUCAGCUCUCAGAGUCUACGGUAAGGAGGUGGUCCAACCUCUGGAUCAUCAUNNNAUGUUGAGCAAAGAGGAGCUGUCUCGUUACGGCACAGCGACUCUCACGCCCGUGUUUCUGGACAGAGUGUUCCAGGAGUAUCUCACCUACGACGGUGAAAUGGACUAUAAGACCUACCUGGACUUCGUGUUGGCCUUGGAGAACAGGAAGGAGCCGGCGGCGCUGCAGUACAUCUUCAAACUCCUGGAUAUGGAGAACCUGGGAUAUCUGAACGUCUUCUCCCUGAACUACUUCUUCAGGGCCAUUCAGGAGCAGAUGAAGCUGCACGGUCAGGAACCAGUGUCCUUCCAGGAUGUUAAGGACGAGGUCUUUGACAUGGUGAAGCCCAGAGACCCGUGCAGGAUCACGCUGCAGGACCUGGUCAACAGUUGUCAGGGCGACACGGUCUCCAGCAUCCUCAUCGACCUCAACGGCUUCUGGACCUACGAGAACAGAGAAGUGCUGGUCACUAAUGACACCGACAGCAGUAACGGCGCCGACCACGAUGACACGUGAGAGUCAGCGUGGCGUCCGUUCAGUGGAGACCGACUGGGUUCUAACUGAGGAACACGGUUGGUGUUCCGCUUUAUUUCACUCCAUUAAAAAGGACUUCAUGUUUGUAUAA